AUGAAAACCAGAGGGUCUGGAUAUAGAUCUGGUUUCAAGAAAUCAUACGUCCUAGAAAAGUCUGCAGAUUCAAAAACUUCACACCCAGGUGAACGUAAACGAAAAUCGGGUAGAGUUAAGGGUAUCCUCAAUUGUACUAAGCGUCAGCGGACUUCUGAAACCUAUAAAUCAACGCAUUUAGUGGGUCGUAGAAGAGCUUCUAACUUCGUUACAUAUACACAGAAUGGUCGACUCUUUUAUGAUAUAUAUGUCAGAGAAUCUCCAUACCGUACAAACAAACUAGUACCUUCAGUUCCUAAAGAAUCUAUUGAAGAUAGAGCUACUACAAGUCUAACGGAACAAAUCAAUACAAAGCUACGUAAAAAGGAUGUUCGCGCUAGAAGCUACGGUGAUUCUGUUCAAAGUCCAUGUUCAAAAGCCUCUGUACCCAGAUAUUUGACCAGGACUUGUAAAAACAGUGUCCGAUCAAGUGGCUCUGUUAAAAAAUCUGCUAAGGGCCUUAGGAGAACCGAAAAAUGUCGAAACAAGAUUCCAGACAUUCAAAAAACAUUAAGACGUGAGCUUGGAGCUGAUUACGUAUCUCCUGUUGAAGCUCAUGGUAAACGGUUGGCAAGUCUAAACGCAACUGCCAUCAUAGGUGCUUUUAAUUCUAAAUCUCCCAGGAAAACAUAUAUUAAGAAAAGAAAGUCGGAUGUAUUAUUUGAAUUAGGAUUACCACCAACUUUGAUCCAUUCGGAUGAAACAGAUGAUGCUAUUACAGAGCCUAUGUGUUCAGUCGUUGACGAUGAUUUAGUUCAUUGUGUGGAGAUUACCGAAGCCCUAACUUCUGAACAUGGCAGCGUAAUGGCAACACACAAGUCCCCAAGUUGUACUCCUGUGAAAGAAAAUACAACAUCAACGUUUAAGAACGUUUGCCAAAUUAACCCUGCAAUCGAGAGUUUUCAUUCACAACGAAUUAUACCACUAGGACAUGAUACAUUUGGUGUUCAGCAGAUUAUGCAACAGGUAGUUGUUGUAUCUCAUUCGAACGAAUCCUCUCCAAUUAUGUGUCAGUCUAAAUUACCAGAUCUCGGCACAGCUAUCCCUCGUCCGUCAAUAGGAAGUGCUGUUUCUUUUCCUGUGUUAUCCUGUCCAAAACCGUAUGAUUGUUAUUUUAAUGAUACCGCAUUACAACAGCGACCCAACCAAGUUAUGUACAAUCCAUUUCAUCCCUCCCUUCCGCCCCAAUACGUUAAUUCUUGGAAUCCUACUUUAUCGUGUAUUGCAAAUUCAAGUAUCACACCAUCCUUUGUUGCUUGCGCAUCUCCAAAUAUUAUUCUUCCCCACAUCGGCUCACAUUUUGUUGUUCCUAACCCUGGUGUCACGCCUCAGGUCGCAUAUCCACUCAUCUUGCAAUCGUUUCCCAAUAUUCCUGCAUCUUACAUAGGACCCAGUUUUCCCUGCGGAAUUAUGUCACCUGUUCUUUUACCAACAUCAUGGGCUCAACCUAGCUUGCUACCUUGUCAACCAUUCAAUACUAUAGCUAACAACAACAAUGAAGUCUUAUGUCCUAUAAUGAUCUCAUCCGCACAAAUUAUUUCAAACACUCAACCACAAGUUAUCCAAUUUCCAAGUAAUCAAUGCACAAGCUUGUUACCUCAAGCAGGUCUAGGACAGUUAAUGUUGAAUCACUCUACAGUCAUACCAAAUGCAUGUUCUAUUUCUGACCAGCCGACGUCUAGUUGUCACAGAAAACCAUAUUUGGAGAACCACUCGACAUGUUAUUCACAUGGCGAGGUUAAUGGUCCUGUAUUGCCAUAUCAAACACCGCCCGUCGACACCCUAGAUGAAACUACUAAUAUAGUUCCAUCCCCAAAUUCACCUGUACUUUGCACAAAAACUGAAAGGCCUCUACUAAAUGAAAGCAGUUCACUUGGAAUGAAGUCCUCGGUUGAAAACCCUGGGAAAAAACUAAGCCCAACCGUCAUAUGUCUGGAUAAUGAAAAAGAUGCAUGGGUUUGGGAGGGCAGUUCUUUUGAUCAAUAUGUUUUCCAUCAGUCUGAUGCACCUCCAGUGCUCUGCCAGUGUUAUCUUGCAAUCCGACACCGACGAGAUGGUAUGGUGAUUCGUGUGAAGGACAGUGUCUUAUUGUGUAGUGGUCCAAGCCGAAGUCAUCCACCACAUGUCGCGAAAAUUGUUGCAUUGUAUCAUGAUAAAAAUACAGACACAAAAAUGAUGUCUUUACUAUGGUACUAUCGUCCUGAACAUAUAUCUGGCGCAUCACACAAUUUUGUCAAGAAUGAACUUUAUGCAAGCAGACAUCGUGACACUAAUCCACUUGAUUGUAUAGAAGACAAGGCAUAUGUACUUUCAGUUAGUGCAUAUAAUCGUUAUAUGGCAAAGCUUAAACGUCAACAGACGGGCUAUCGGAAGAUUCCACUUAGUUCCAUUGUACCUCAAUCUAUACAGUGUGGGUUACAUGAUAGUAACAGUUCAAACGAGAACUUUUUCAUGGAUAAACAGUUGUUAUCUGAAUGUGAUGAAUGUUUUAACAAUGUCAGUUGUCAAAGUGUUUUCUUCUGCCGUGGUUUGUAUGAUUAUAAACUAAAACGUGUUACUAAAUACCCUGUAUUUGGAAAUCAGUGUAUUUUAUCUUCUCAUUUUGUUAAUCGGCCCAAACUUUGUGGACAGCAUUUUACAUCGCCAGCAACAACAUUAACAACGAAAAAUGUUACUGAACAUAAUAACUUGGAUAUUUCAAAUGAUCAUUGUUGUGACACAUCCGUUUCUCUUAAGGAUGAUGCUCAUAAAAUCGUUAAUGCAAUUGAACCCAUAACUUCGUUGGAUGAAAGUGUACCCUUUACAGUGUGUUCAACGUCUAUAGUUUCUAUGGGGAAAAAUACAAACACCACAAUAUCACCGUCUCAACUUGCCGAAAAUGAUUGUCAUUUCGUUGAUAAUUCUCAUAUAAACGGAGAAUGUGAGCGUUUAUCCUAUGGCGAUCAUGAAGGCAGAACAUCAACUCCUGUAAAAAAUCGUGGUCAAUAUAAAGCUGUUGAAGAAAGUAUAACAACUGUUGUCGAAUCGCAACAAACCUUGAUUACCGAAAACAACUUAAAUGAUCCACCUAAAGUGUAUUCGACUGAUUCAUGCGUUAAAAUCCCUAAACCAGAUCUAUUAAUUUCAGAAAUUCGUGUAACUUCACCAAAUGUAGAGUCCCAAUUUACUUCAUGUUCAUCUUUAGAGAAAAAACUGUCUAAGGUGACUGAAAAUUCCAUCGUGCAGCCACUGGAAACCAAUUGUUCAUCAACUGUGGUUGAACAACUAUGUGAAAAUAAACCAGCAAACCACUUUGCAGGUCAGUCUAACUUCUCACCUGUCCAACCUGUAUGGCCAGUAGUUACUACAUCUGUAAUCAGCUGUGAUAGGUCUGUCCUUGAAAGAAGUGCUGAUAUAUCAGUUAAUUGGGGUGAGCAUGGUGAACAGAUUGCUUUGUCUCUUGAUUGCAGGAUUAAAGAGAAUAAUCUUAAUGGCAACAGUCAGAUAACAUCACAUCUUACUAUGUCUUCGGAAUCUCUAGGUCCAACACAAUCAUUUAUUGAUAUGACAAAAUUACCUGUACAUCCUAAUCCAAUGCAUUAUUCCAAAAUUAACUCAAAAUGUCUUGAUCAAGAUCAACCACGUCUAGUAAUACUUUAAGUUGUUUCCAAUCAUAAAAUUUCAGUUUACAUCACCGUAAACAGAUUACCUAAAAUUAAAUCUUAAAAAAUGUAAGGAAACUCCCCAUUUUAAUUGUGACAUACAUUUUCAUCUAGUUUUGUCCUACCGUACAACUGUUUAAUAAAAGGGGCAUCACUGUGAAGUUGUACUACUGAAAUUCUCUUUCGAUUCAGUGAAAGAUUGAUGACACUAUUAACUCUUUCAUACUACAUUUCACAGAUUAUUGAAACUAGUUACACUAUUAUUACAAAUCUACUACCUAAUUUAGUUUUUUUUUUGUUAACUUUAACUAAUAUUGUCACAUAUAUUCAUUUAUCAAAACAAACAAAUUUUCUUUUUUCAAUCUGCUAAAUGAAUUGUUCUGUCUAACUUUUUUUUCAUUGUUUCUUUUUGUGUGUGAUUAUCAUUAUCUAUCAGUUGUAUAUUUCUCAUUUACUACUCCUUCAGAUAAAGAAUGCAGCAUUCUCAGUUUUGUUUUUCUAUUUCUACUCAUGUAAUGUUUGUUUCAGCUUUUCGUUUUUAAGGUAUAUAUAUAUAUAUAUAUAUAU